UCGGAUCGGAUCCUCUCGAAAGAAAAACGAUGGGAAAAGAAAAGCGUGUGCAGCUACGUGUAGGAGUAAAAUCCGCAAAAAGGUUGUCGCGUGGGCGGCCGGCUUCGGAGGGGUGCGACAGUGGUUCCGUACUCAGCGUGCGGCAAAUAGGAUUGUGUAACAUCGCUGGUGAGUUGUUUACAAUUGCACAAGAUUGGAUCCCGAGGAGCGUUCGCAGUUUGAGUUCCGGCUGGAUGCUAGGUGCAAAGUGGUUGCAGCCGGCCUCGGGUGCUGAAGUGUGUCCUUCGUUGAAUUACAUAAUUUGGCUCGAGUUCUCCCGAGCCGUGUUCCCAAUGACAUUCGCAGUCUACGUGCCACGCCAGGUGGGGUGUGGGGGGAAGAAGAAUCGCCGUCUCGGUUUGGUGUGA